AUCAAAUAACCUCUUCCCUUCAUCAAAUAACCCCCUUCCCUCCAUCAAAUAACCUCCUCCCUCCAUCAAAUACCCUCCUCCCUUCAUCAAAUAACCCCCUCCCUUCAUCAAAUAACCCCCUUCCUCCAUCAAAUAACCUCCUCCCUUCAUCAAAUAACCUCCUUUCAUCAAAUAAACUCUUCAUCAAAUACCCUCCCUCCAUCAAAUAACCUCCUUUCAUCAAAUAACUCUCUUCAUCAAAUACCCUCCUUCCGCCAUCAAAUAACCCCCCUUCCUUCAUCAAAUAAGCUCCUUCCUCCAUCAGCUAAUCCCUCAAAUCAACUCCCUCCCUCCUCCGUAACCCUCUUGUCCCUCAAUACCUCCCUGACAUCCCCGCUCGCCCCUCAUUAAUAACCCUCCUUCCCUCAAUAACGUCCCACACCCUCAAUAACCACCCCACCCCAACCUCCUUUCCUCCUGAGCAAACGCCGCCUCUAAAAUAACCCCCCCAUGACCAAUAUCUUCCUCUGUCCGCCCAAAGGAUCUGGGUGCAGCGGUCGAAGGUGGAAGGAGACGACCUUUGAACCCCCAACCCGGGAAGCGGGGAGGUGACGGAUGUCAAAGGUCGAGGUGUCCAUCAGGUCAAAGGGGUCUGGGGUCAAAGGUUGAGGAACGGCACCCGGUCAACGCCACGGGUCGAAAGGUCGCGGGAGGGUGUCAACAACUCAAAGGGUCCAGGCGCGGGGGGUCAAAAGUGGAGGGGCUAGAGGACCCAAGCGGUGGGGAACAGGGGUUAGGUUUUGGCACUAGGUUUUGUACCUCCUCCCUCCAAGGGUAGGCGUGAGGGCAAAGCAAGGCCAGGGAACUCUUUGUCCCGAUACCUCGGAAGGGGCUUCCUACUUAGCUUCAAGCCGGAGCCUUGGAACACUGCGCGUGGGGGUGUGAGAAGCCUCCAGAUAGAAACACCCCUGAGCUGAUCCAAGUUACAGACGGUGGUGUCUGUGAACAAAACAGUUGGAGCCCAGGGCAACGUUGGUAGACCAGCAAGAGACCAGGACUACACCUUGCUUUUACUUCCGUGGGAUAUGUUGAGCAACGACAAAGACUAAACUUCCUCCUUGCCCAGAGACGUUUCUGACUGAAGUGGCUCCAUAUAACGGAUAUUUGCAGUCUGCAAAAAGAGAUACCCACCCUAAUCCCAUUUUAUCACGUCCAAAUACCUCUGUUGGAGAUAGCAAGACAAAUUGUCGGGACUGUCAGAAACUCGGAAAGAAAAAAACACUACACGUUCAAACUGUGUGCGAUGGUUGAAGAUUAAAGAAAUUGAUUGAGGGGAUUGUUGUCAGUAUCUCCAAGGACAAGGGAUCCAGUGGUUUACUGUGACGUUUCCCUUGAGAGAGAGAGAGGCCUGUUGAGGUUGGAGUCUCUGGCCAUGGACAGCGCUGCGUUUGAAAAGGGCGACAAUAUAGGUCUGGACACACGAGCAGCCGCCGCAUCGGUCAGCGCCAAGCCGUCCGACUCCGGUGAUUCCAGCCGGAUGGAAGGUUGCUCGGACGGUCUGGAGGGGGCCGGGAAGAUGACGGGGACCGACUCCCAGGAGCCGGACAGCAGCAAGGAGUCGCUGCCCUGCAUCUUGGCCCUGGCGGAGUCCGACGGAGACGUGGCCAGCCUGACUCCCUCGCUGGGCUCCCCGGACGAGGAGGAGAUGGACGAUCUGGCGGAAGCCGAGGGCCCCCUGGCCGAGAGCGCCGACUCCGACCGGGUCUCCGCCCCGUCGCUGGGGGGCUGCAGCGAGACGGAGCAAGACGGCGCGCAGGGGGCCGCGCCGAAGCCCGAGGUCUACCGGGCUGACCCCAGCAACACCUUCUAUUACGUCAAGUGGAUCAGCUGGAAGGGCGAGAAGACCCCCGUCAUCACCCAGAGUGAAAACGGGCCCUGCCCCUUGAUCGCCAUCAUGAACAUCUUGUUCCUGAGAUGGAAGGUCAAGAUACCACCAAAGACUGAGGUGAUAUCGGUUGAACAGUUGAUGAUCCUUCUCGGCGACUGCGUGCUCUCCACCAAGCCGAAGGAGAGCUCGGAGGGGCUGCAACUCAACUUUGACCAGAACAUGAACGAUGCCAUGUCUGUCCUCCCCAAGCUUUCGACGGGGCUGGACGUCAAUGUCCGCUUCACGGGAGUGGGCGACUUUGAGUACACCCCCGAGUGCAUCGUGUUCGACCUCCUGGAUGUCCCCCUCUACCACGGCUGGCUUGUCGACCCGCAGAGCCACGAGGCGUUGCAGGCGGUCGGGAGGUGCAGCUACAACCAGCUGGUGGAGAAGAUCAUCAGCUCCAAGCACUCGACGGACAGUGCGCUGGUCAGCGAAGGUCUGGUGGCCGAGCAGUUCCUCGACGCCACGGCCACGCAGCUGACGUACCACGGCCUCUGCGAGCUGACGGCGGCGGCGAAGGAAGGCGAGCUGUGCGUGUUCUUCCGCAACAAUCACUUCAGCACCAUGAUUAAACACAAGGGCCACCUCUACCUGCUGGUGACGGACCAGGGCUUCCUGUCGGAGCAGAAGCUGGCCUGGGAGAGCCUGCACAACGUGGAGGGGGACGGCAACUUCUGCGACGCCGACUUCUGCCUCAGCCACCCCAGUGGCCGCGAGCUCCCCUACGCCCCCGCUCAGCCGCCCCAGCAGCAGAUCGACCAGGAUUACAUGGUGGCCCUGUCACUACAGCAGCAGCAGCAGAGCACAGGGGGCAUCAGCGACCUGGAGCUGGCCCGGCAGCUGCAGGAGGAAGAGGACCGCCGGGCCGUGCAGUACCUGCAGGAGCAAGAGCAGCAGCCCCCACCGGCAGCAGCGGCGGCGGCGGCAACUGCCCGGCAACCGCCGGCCUCCGCUCGCCAGGGCCACGGCUCCGAGCGCAGGCAGCACCGUGACCGGGAAGAGAAGUCCAGAGACUGCACCGUGCUGUGAGCUGUCGGC